UGACAAAUCCAACUUGUGACACUUACGUUAUUUCAAGAGAGAAUAUAGAAUUUAGACAGAAAUCUUAUCAGGAGGAAUUAGAAAUAAAAGCAAACGAAUCGUUAUAUGAACAAAUGGGCCUAGGUGAAAGCAAUAAUUCUACUGAUGGGACGCUAAUAGAGCCAGAUGAGCGUAAUAUUUCAAGAGGAGAAAUUGCCUCUUCAAAACUAGUUCAUAAACAAAUUCAGACGCCUCAGAAUUUGUCUCAUGAUUCUCCAAGAAAAAAUCGAUUAAAAUCAAGAAUUGUCUCAUUGCAGCGGGAAAAUAGAAAACUGAAACAACAAUUGAAAAAUGCUCUUACAAAAUCAGACAGAGAAGAUUUAAAAUAUUACUGUCAACUAACAGAUAAAUUUUUAUUUCCUUCUGCAGCAACUUUUGUGAAGGAACAAGCUAAACUAAACCAACAAUUAACAAAAGUAGAAUAAACAUGAUGAUUGGUUCACCAGUGCCAUCAAAAACCAGAUGAAAACAAUCAAGCAUUUAACGGAUGAGUUCGGGGAGACGCUAUUAGUGCUAUUCGUAUUAUUCAAUGUUUUUUUAUUGUUCAAUAAACGUAAAAUAAAGAUAGGGCAACAUAAAUAACAUUAAUAGCGUCUCCCG